AUGAAAUCUGUUACUGAUGAAGUUGAACGUGUUGUUACCGCCAUCCGUGCUAUACAGGACGUCAAGACUUCACAAGCCGAACGUCAUAAACUUACUCAAGUAAGGUUUUAUAUGUAUUUUGAGGUUUUAGGCUUGGAUGAGAAAGCGGCGCUAGGACAAAUGCGGUUUUUGGACAUUUGCGGAUCUGCGGUUUUUAGACACUUGCGGAUCUUCGGUUUUUGGACACUUGCGGAUUUUGGACAUUUGCGGAUUUUUUAAAGUUUUUUUUUUAUUUUUUAGUUAAUUUAGUUGUAGUAUGGUACUAAAUUGUACUAAAGUUUAAAUUGGUGCGGUUUUAACAUAACAGUACCUUUUUGGGCUUUUAGUACCAUUCAGUACCAAAAAAUAUAAAACAGUACCAAUUUAAAAUUUAGUACUAUUUAGCACUAAAACAUAUUAAAACAGUACCAAUUUAAACUUUAGUACCAUUUAGUACCAUACUACAACUAAAGUAAAUAAAAAAUAAAAAAAACCCCUUUAAAAAAUCCGCAAAUGUCCAAAAUCCGCAAGUGUCCAAAAACCGAAGAUCCGCAAGUGUCUAAAAACCGCAGAUCCGCAAAUGUCCAAAAACCGCAUUUGUCCUAGCGCCGAGAAAGCGAAUGGAAAUAACCAACAAUUUUAUGUUAUAAGUUGAAAAAGGGACAAUUAAGGCUACAUUUUUUGUUAAAAUUAUAAAUUUUGUUUAGUUUUUUUAAAGAUUUUACAUCCACAAAGUAGAUGGUUUUUAUUUUAGGCAUUAGAAGCCUUGAAGGAAGGAGCUACAUCGGAGUCGAUUCCAAUUGCUUUCGGUUUGGUAACUUAUUCGGAUCGAUUGAUUGCGCAUGCCGGGUUGAAUAUAGUUGAAGAUGUUAUCAAGUAAGUUUUUUUGAUAUCAACAAAUUUAUCUAUUGUUUUUUAUUAAAGGGAUGGUGAAGUUUCGUUGAAGGUUAAUAUGAAAUUUGAUUCUUUUAGGUUUAAAUGGCAUGAGCUGUCAGUCGAAGAGAAGAUGCAAGUACGGAAUGGUGUUCUCGAAUGGAUCUCAGCAGGUAAGUUGGCUUUUGAAUAGUUUUUUUGUGAUUUUAGGUAACAAUUAACUCAGAUUACAGUUCGAAGAAACGUUACUUUAUAAGGCAUUUUUUGGUUUCAGGAAAUUACUCUGUGGGCUCUAUUGAUUUACCAGUCAAAACCGCCGCUUCCCGUGUCUUUGCUACGAUGAUGGAGCACGAGUGGCCCGAGAAUUGGCCAGAACUUGUUGAUCAAUUUGCGAGUAUUGUCGAAAAUCCAAAAUUGAUUCAGCAGUCUCAUAUGAUUUUUCUCAUUCUCCGACGGCUGAUUGAAGAUGUUCUGACUUUGAUCACGAUUCAAAACUCAAUCCGACGGAAAGAUCUACAAAACGCUAUCAACGCUCACAUUGGAAAGAUAAUGAAGAUGGCAGUUGAAAGGCUAGUACUUUGUGUAAAUCAAGGACAGGACGAACAGAAUAUUUUGUUGGCGAAAAGUGCGAUCGAAUUGCUGUCGGAGAUUUUUGACUGGGUCUCUGGAAAAGAUUUGGAGCCAUUCAUCGAUGGAAUUGUUGAUGUUUUGUGUCUGUACCUUCAGUUGGAUCUUUGUGGAAUUUACGAAUGUGCGGCUUCUUCAUUGCACAAGUUGGCAUCUAGAAGGCGGCAAAAGAACGACGAACUUCCGAUUGUGGUAUCAAUGUUUCGAGAUCGGCCAAUGCAAGCUAUUUUGGCGGCAUGUUCUUUAGCCGCGACUCAAAGUAACUCAAGUGAAGUACAUUACAAGUUUCUUAAAGCUUUGUGCGACCUGUUGUGUUCUCUGGGAGUUCAUCUCGGCGAAGUUUGGCUACAUAUCACAAACCCACCUACGAAUUUCGCUUUGUACCUUGAUGCUUUAUCCGAAUUCUUCCAGCAUCCAAGUGUGGUGAGUUUUUUAUUGAUUUUUUUGCGUUUAGAUGAAAUUUUAAGCAAAAAAUUGCAGUUACAGUAUUUUUCUCGAUUUACGAGCUUUCAGUAAUAUCUUUUAAAAUGAUUUUAUUUUAAAGUCUUAAAAAUAAAUUAAAAAUUUUUUGUUUCAGUACAUUCGUGCCGAAGUUGCACAAGUAAUGUGCGCUUUUUCAAGCAACAAUUCAAUUAGAAGAACUGCAAGUGUGCUGGAACGAAUGCCAUCGUUUUUGAUUGCUAUUCCGAAAUGCUUGGAGAAAGUUGGUAAUAUCAACGACUCUUCAAGUCCUACCAACUUUUAUUCGCUGAUGGACUACGAAACGGAGUCGGAUUUUGUUCAGGAACACACGAGUAAGUUGACAAACAAAAUUUUAAUGGAUUAAAAUAAGCAUAGUUAGAUGACGUUUAAAACAACGUUUUAGAUCGGGUAUUUAUUUAUUGUUUCAGAAAUUUUAUUUGUAUUAAGUUGAAGAGAUUUUAACCGAGGCUUUUAAAAGAAAUUGUUUUAGGACUUCGAGACAGAUGUUUCCGCAUGAUGAAGGAGAACAUGGACACUCACUUUCCAGUUUUGUCAUCCUUGGUAACUGAUUGGGUCAAUGGUCGUUGUAUUAACGAAACCGAACGUAUCACUAGUACUGAAUGGGAUAGUAUGAAAAAAUACAUCACAAACUAUUUGGCUAAUGUUCAGCAGUUGGAAAUGAUGAAAGCUGUAGGUUUUUGGGAUUUAAAAUUUAUGUUUUUACGAAAAACGUUUUACUUUUUUAUAUUGAAAUUUUUUUUAUAUUUCAACCUGAUCUGAUAAAUUUCAGGACGUGGAUCAAUGGCUGUUUGUCCUACUGAAUAAUGUCUACAAUCGCCUGUUAUCAUCAUCUAAUCCAACUGUUACAAGUGAACUUUUGUCGAUCUUCUCUGCCUUCUUUGUAGUUUUGGAAAAUCAUCCGGAAAAGAUUCCAGAUGUAAUUUCCCUUUUACAACAAUGUCUGAAGAUCGACGACGUCCUAGCGAACAGAGGAACUGCAGAAGGCGCGGCUCUUUUGAAUUUGAAACGGCAUUGCAUUAAUUUGUUGUUGAAGCUUGUCAAAAGCCUGUCUAGUGUGAUUACUGUAAGCUUUUAAAUUCUGGUUUUUUUAAAUUACAAUUUGUAGAAACGUGUUUAAAUUUGUUAUAAAUAUAGAGGGGUUUGAUAAAACUAAAGCAAAAACUUAAAAUAUCUUGUAAUAUCGGUUAUAUUUCCAGCCUUACGCUCGACAAGUUCUGGACGUGGUAAUCGAUGUAGCACCGUGCGUAUCAGCCCUUCAGAAAGCCAACCUCGUUCAAGUUCUGGCAGCUUUAAGCAAUUUGGCAACCAAUUCCGAUGAACAACAGUUUUUCUUAGAAAACGCUCUCAGGGACAAUAUUAUUUAUUUUCAAAGUCAGGAAUUCUUACUUUGCUCAAAAUCAGUCAGGGAUUUCUUUGAUUACGUCGGUAUUUUGAAUCCAGUACCUUCAACAACGGACGAUACAGCUAUUCUUCAGUUUGUGGAGAACAGAUUGAAGCUCAAGUCGAAUUUGUUUGCAAUUGAAGGAGCUUUGUCUCAUGUUAAUGUACCGGAAGACAGGUCAAACCCAUUAUUCCAGCUGUUGUUACCUGUUGUUCGGAAUAUCUUCCAUUUUGUGGGGUAUGUUUUCAGAGAAAUUACAGAAAAAUUAGGAGUUUGUACCUAAAAUUAAUUGAAAAAUUAUUAUUUGUUUUUGUGUAAUAUCUUUAUUUGAAGAAAACUAUUUUUCUACUUUUAGGUGCUUAAACAAUAUCUAUUCACACGAAGGCGCAGCUUUAGCUCAAAACACAUACGGUACACAAAUUUUGAAAAUGUCGGCUACGGAGAAACAACUGAUGAUUUGUAAGUAGAGGUUCUUUAGUUUUACUUAUGCUAAUACCAUUAUCAGACAUUAAAAGCAAUCUAAUAUCAUGUUUUUCAGACUCAGCAAGCGAAAGUUACGAAGAUUCCCCGGCGAUCAGUCCAGAACCCGUAACCCAAAUGCGCCGUUUCUUGUUUGACAUCGGAGAUUUUGUCCAGAACAUUGUAGGCCUAACAGGCCAAAAAAUGAGCCGGAACUUUUACUCUUUGCCAGAUGCUUCAUCCAUGAUUCAAUCCGUUUUUAUCAACGCGGAUUGUGUGCCAGACUACCGUUUGAGGUACUGGGUGAAACGAGCAUGGUCGCACAUUAUUUGCCAUUGUCCGGCUGAUAAUGUUGCUGUUGUAGAGCAGAUUGCCAGUGGUGUUUUUCAACAUAUGAGGAAUCUACUGAGCGAACGAUGGGCUAUUGUGGCUACGUUGGAUCAAGGUAACCAACUUUAUAUUGUCUUUUGGGUUUUUUGUUGUAUGGGAUAAUAUUGUGUAUAUAUUUUUUAUGUUAAGGACCGAAUAGUUUGAGGUUAUAUAAUGUAGUAUUUUUUUAGAUGGCGACGUAACGGAAGAAGAGCUGUUACAACAACAAAUGGUUGCCGUUAUGUCAAGGGAGUUUGCUGAAAUGUUGAGGUUGUUUGUGUUUGGCCCAGGAUUAAUGGUGAAAGAGGAUAGUAAAAAACAUCCAUCUGAACUAAUGACACAUUCUUGUUUGGCGGCUCUUAAAAAUAGUGUAGGUUUUCUUUUUUUAGAAUUGGUAGUAAAAUUUCUUGGUUUUAAAUUUGAGUUUUUGUUUUUAGUCCCUCCUCGAAGCUACAGUUCUCUCAGUUUGUUCCCUAAUCAACUGCCCAGACUCUAAGACAGUAAUGAGAUUGAUGCCAGUAGCAAGGACCGUCUUUGUUGCAUUCCAUACAGCUUUUGAUGAACAAAUGGCAAAAACCGUGUUGGUUCACAUCAUCAGAAGUCUACAAGUUAAUGGAUCGGACGAAGAAGUUUGUGGCCCACUGCUUGGCUUGAGCUUCAGUGUCUACGCUUGUCUACGUCCAGCACACCCAACCUUGUGGGAGAUUUUGACAGAAGUUCCGGAGAGUUCGGCCGAAAAGGUGCAGGAAUUCGACACAAAAAUCUUGGCAUACUCGGUGAACCAGGAGAACGUUAUGGAGAAAAACAAACGUGAUUUGAUGCGCAAGAUGCUUAAGCCGGUUAUUGCGGUACGUAUUUUAUCUAUAUCACUUCCUUAUAUUGUAACCUAUUUUUUUGCCAAAUUAGGACGUGUACCAUCUAUCUAGUAAUGACUUUUUCAUUUUAGCAAAAAGUUGGAGAGCAAUUCCGCCGAACCGUACCACUGCGCCCGAUCCGCCGAAUGAACGGAAAUGCGAAUAAUUUGAACUCAGCCAUGGUGUGA